CAUAGAGAGAAAAGAGCGAUUCACUAAGAUAAAAGAUUUGUGUGUUAGGAGGUAUAAACUCGUGAGAUACCCCUGUGAUCACCUUGCCUCCCGUAUUCAAGUGUUCAAUUGUUGUGUAUGGAUACAUUAGUAGUUAGUUUGGCUUCCAUUCACGGAUCAUGUGCCUUGUUUAGACCGAGCGCGACCUCCAGACAGCCCUACACAACAAAUGAUUAUUUGCCUCGAUGCGAUUGGUGCAUUGUCACUUUGUGUCACGGGUGCUAGAUUGGGUUGAAGUCGAGUGCGCCGCACACAGUCGGCUUGUUGGCUCACAAGUUGCUCUCCCCUGCACUACACGACGCAGACAUGAGCGAAGUAGACUUCAAUGCACUGAACUUCGUUCAUUUGAAAGACUCUGGCCGACAUAAGGAUCCUCUUACCCCUGAGGACAUUGAAGGAAACAAAUGUCUACAGUGUGGAAACAUUUGUAGGGGUUUUAGUGUGCACCCAUGGAGGAAAUUCUGUAACUCCUGCAAGUGCCCCCAUGAGCUUCAUGUGCUCUCCACCAACAACAAUGACCAAAAUACCCCAGAAGAGCGCAUGGGGGUGGAGGAGGAGGACCCACCCAUGCUUCAGGGGUCCCACCUUCAGCAAGCGAUGAUGGAAGGAUAUGAAUGGGUACCAAGAGGCCUCACCAGUGAGGAGAUUCAAAUCUACAUGUCAUUGCUUCCUGAGGAUAAAAUCCCCAAGCUUAAGUCCCUUGGAGCCCAGCACAGAACCAAGCAACUGUCAUUACAAAUUCCUCUCCAAGACUUCUCCUCAAAGCACUGCAAGAAGCUUACCCUUGACCAGAAAAUGGCUAUGGAUGAUUUCUGUGAGAAGAGAAUCAAGACAGCACUAGGAGUAGGUGCUGUGCGCGCUUGCAUGGCCCAGCCCUCGACUUGCAAGCGAUGUAACGGACCUGUAAAUCCCGGUGACAUGGCAUUGUUUGCGGAGCGCCUCGGACCCGACAGCUGCUGGCACGUCAAGUGUUUUACAUGUGAAGAGGAUGGCGAGUUGCUGGUCGAUCUGAUUUACUGUUCGAAGGACGAUGAGAUUUACUGUUGCAGACACUGGGGUGAGAAGCUUAAGCCUCGAUGUGCCGGUUGCGAGGAGCUCAUCUAUGUGGGAGAAUAUUCGCAAGCGCUAGAGAAGAACUGGCACCCAGGCCACUUGUGCUGCUCCUACUGCGACGAAUCCCUGUCUAAUCAAAAGUUCGUGACGGUCGAAGGCAGUCCGUCGUGCUUCCGAUGUUACGACGAGAACUUCGCGAAUAGAUGCGAAGCGUGCGGGGAACCGAUCGGCCCAGGCUCCAAGGACGUAGACGUGCGCAGCAAGCACUGGCACGAGGGAUGCUUCAAGUGUUCGCAAUGCAGCAAGCAGUUGAUGAACGAAGGCUUCACGCUCAAAGACGAAAAACUGAUCUGCCAUGGCUGCCGCGGAAUCAACCCAUCCAAAGUGUGUGCCGCUUGCAACGGUGACUUCGCACCGGGGGAGAAGAAGGUUGGGUAUCAGAGCAAGACAUUCCACGACAAGUGCUUUAUCUGUGACGAGUGCAAGCAACCAAUCGGCAGCAAGCAGUUUAUACGAAGGGACGAACGUCGCCUUUGUAACAACUGCUUUGAUUCCAAGUUUGCCAAGGUAUGCGUCAAGUGUAACCAAGUAAUCAAGACUUCGUCCGUGCAGCACGCCGGUAGUACGUACCACAGCGAGUGUUUCACGUGCCAUCACUGCGACAAGCCGCUCGCAGGGAGCCCCUUCACCAAGCAAGAAGGCCGCAACGUGUGUCAGAACUGCUACCGAGAACGAUACGCCAAACGCUGCGGGGCCUGUCACAACCUUAUCGAGGGCAACACCAAGUUCGUGGCGUACGACGAGAAGUACUUCCACCGAGAGUGCUUCACGUGUUGCAAAUGCAACAAACCUUUGGCGGGCGAGAAAUUCCGCAUUCGAGACGGAGAGAAAAUCUGCUUACCAUGCGAUGACGAUUAAGGAUUCUUUUAGAGUACCCAUCUUCGAAAUAAACUGUUGCUGGAGGUCAGAGGAACGACCCCCGCGGGAUACCACGUUGCAUGCUUUCCCUUUGUUUUUAUUGGUGAGGCUCCAGAUAUUCUCUUUAGGAUAUUCUAGGCAUUGAAAGUUCAUGCCACAGAGCAACGAUUUUAGAUAUUAUUAGAAAGAUAAAAAUGCUUUCCUUUAUAGUGAGAAAACUAAGCGACUAGACCUUUGAAGCGGAGAAUUUCAGUACAGGACAAAUGUUGUCCUAUUCAUUGCUAGCUUUUUUAAGAGUUCUAAAUUAAAGACGAAUAUACACCGAGUGGAUAGAACUCUAGAAAAAAAAUGUUUACAAUUCAAAUUGAUAACCUCAUUUCGAGUAUUAGGGACAGAAGAAAAUGUAUUAUCUCGUAUUAAGAAGGUGUUGAGGUAAAACAAGUUUUUACUGUCUUAAUGAUAUAUUUACUGUUAAUAGACUACAAAUAAAAUUAUCUAGGAUUGCAUGAAGCUUGUAAAGACGUUAUUUUUGUUAGGAAUAGUUGACAUUAUUAUACCAUAGUUGACAUUUGUAGCUUUUACGUAAUUGUGUUGUAGCUUUCGUAGAUAACUUAUACUUGGAAAGUAUCUUAUGGCUUCUUCAGAGAAAACCAAAUAUGCCACAGGGUGGUUGGAAUACUAAAUGAGUACAAUUAUGUGUAGAAUAUUGUUCUUCAAUUAUUAAAUUAAAAAGACAAAGUAUCAAGAAA